GUUUGGAAAAUUGAAAGCAAAAACAAAUAACAUUCCACAAUUCGUGCAUGUAGAUCGCUGCGUGGACAAUCGAGUUUACCUGGGUCCUGCCUUUCCUGUGCAAUUGUUUUGAAUGUUGCUGCGGCAAGAGAAGAUGAGUGGAAAUAAUGAAUGACCGCGACGUAGAAGACGCCACUAGUGACUCGAAAGGAACAGACGGCCGAAGCAGUGGUGCAGAACAAAUGCUAAACAAACGACCUCGGUUGCUGUCCUUCCAGGGACUGAGCUCACACUCGCGCUCGCAGGCGGAAAGAGAUGCGGCAGUACCGAUGGCCGGUGCAUCCUCCAGCUCGAUGGAGCACAUCAAUCGUCGGGAGCAGUUGGCAAGUGACCUUCGCAGCUGGCAGGAAAAUCAAAUCGCUGCCUGUGUGGAGGACAACAUACUGAACAUGGUGCUGGAAAGAUACUUGAACUUCUUUGAGGAACGAAACAACCGCAACAACGUCGAACCACCGGAAGAGUAUGACGAUGAGACGCUGGAGGACCAAGCGAUUCGUAUGCUCAUUAAUGAACGAGGGCUGCAGGCGGCCGGAUCGGGCCCUUCUUCCUCCGUCUCGGUGGCGAUGGAAUCGGUGGAUAGUGUGUCCGUGCAAUCGGACCCGGAAUUGCCAGAGCUCGAGCGUAGCAUACAUGACAAUUACAUUUUAGAGACAGCCGUGGCCGCUGCAAUACAGGAGAAGGGUUUGGUCACGGGGUCUACCGAUGCUGAACACUCGGAUAGUGAUGAUAGUGCGUUGCUGGAGGACAACGCUAGGUAGUGUUGCUGGACCGACCAGUAUCGUUUGUAAAUGAGUAUUUUUGUUUACAUUUCUUUUCACUUUUACGGAUGAUUCCGUCCGACACUUGAACUCCUCUCAAAGUAUGUCGAUCGUUUGUAAACCUUAAUGUUAGAAGUAACUGCUAAUAAAGUAUUCGUAUAGUGAGUUGAACCAUUUAAA